GAUAGUUUUCAUGUGAUUUAUGCAAAAAUGGAUAUUUUUAUAAUGAUUUUUAAUGUGUUUCAGCCUGUCCAAAUAAUAAAUAUAAAAAUGUUUCGACUAGAACUUGCCAUGAUUGUGAUAAUAAAUGUAAAACUUGUUCUGAUGCAACCGAUUGUGAUACUUGCUUUCAGAAUAAAGUUGCACCUGCUUGUGGAU